AUGCCGCAGUAUCUGCUCCAUUCCAGUAGCCAGGCUGCGAUCAGAGCGGCCGCUGAGUCUGGCUGCCAUUUCUGCUCCAUCUUGGUCGGCUGUCUCACGGGAUGCACGGGCGACCACGGGGCUCGAGAGCAGCACCGUCGACCUGAGGAUCCUCUGUACAUUUCGAUCAAUUUGCUGGACCAAAAGCCGGGCACUUUUCUAUUGAUCCUGUUCCCCUGUGAAGAGUCGCAAAUAUUGGACUCGUACAUGGACUACACAUUACAGCUAGCCCCAGUCGAGAGUGAUACGCCCGAGUCGACGCCCGACGAUGAACUGACAGCCUCGCGGGCGCAGACUUCCACAUACUCCGAAGCCACCGCCGAGCUCAUUAGAUCGUGGAUCAUCCAAUGCCAGGCAGAACAUCCAGUUUGCGGAGAGAAGCACUUUGCUCUCUUGGAGGGGCAAAGGCCAUCCAUGCCCGGUCCAAGGCGUUUGUUGGAUUUACAAGCGUUCCAGACGCCGGGGCGAAUCCGGCUCAUUGAAGCAGAGAAUGAACCAUGGUUGCCAUACUGCGCUCUGAGUUACAGCUGGGGCCGCAGCAAGCCAUACCUGCUGACAGUGCACAAUCUGAGCGACUUCCAAAAAGAGAUUCACCUCUCAAAUCUGCCCAAGACAUUUCAAGAUGCGAUUGAAGUUGUAAGGGGAAUCGGCUUGCGAUACCUAUGGGCCGAUGCCCUUUGUAUUUUGCAAGGUGGUGAGACUUCUGCUGUUGCUUCCGAAGAUUGGUUCGACCAAACGGGGAAAAUGAGCGACAUUUUCGGAAACUCGCUCAUUACCAUCGCUGCAUCCGAAGCUCACGACGGGAGCCAGGGUUUCAUUACCAGUCGAAACCCGUUGAGCUAUACGAUCUGCCGUUUAGACCUGGAGGCCGGGCUUCGCUUUGCGGUUAUCCCACCCUGCACACCCUACUUAUCACCUGGACACAAGGUCAUGGGUGUUGCAAGAGCGUCUGCUCUCUCCUCGAACAGUCCACUUUACCCGCAACUUCGUCCAUCUCGAAUGCAGGUCCGACAUUCACUGUGA